AGACAGUAACUUACCUGGCAGUGUUUAGUGGUUGGGAAUACCCCGGAUUCAUGAUGCGUGAGCCUAAAUCAAGCCCCACCAACUAAUAGUUUCCCACUAGCCCCCGCACUCUACUGGUCGUAAAUAUUUACUUUUACUUACUCCUUACCAACAUCGAAAUUGCCCCAAUACAAUACACACCUAUCGCCAGAAACACAACCACACCUUUAACCAACCCUCAACAUCAAACCCGCACCGACAUCUACAAAUCGACUCAAUGGCCACCACAACCUCCUCAACAGGCACAGCCUCCUACGGGGACUGCGUCGCCGCGCUGCAAACCUCCCUCUCCUUCCUCGAGUCCUCCGUCUCAACCCUCGGCACCGGCAUCGCCGACUUCCCACGUCUAGUAAACGUGCUCAAGACCGUGCGCCACUACGAACUAAUCCCACAACCCACCCUCGCCGCCGCCGAAGCCUCUUUGCGCGACGAGAUCAGCCCCGCCAUAAGCCUCCUCCUCGACCGCGCCUCGACGCACGUCGCGCGCGUCGAGCGGCACAUCGACGCGCUGAAAGCGCGGUCGGAGCUGCAGCAAGGGCGGCUAGAGAACUCCUCCGACCCCGCCAACUCCAAAAAGGGAAAAGGAUUAAGCGGAGGAGGAGGAAGAAGUAAUAGCAGAAAGCCGCUGUCCGGGGAGGCGAAGCUGCGCGCGCGCGCCGUGCACCAGAAGAAGGAGGCGCUGCAGUACAGCGUGGAGCGGCUCGAGCUCGAGGUGCUGCAGAAGGAGCGCGAGCUGCGGAAGCGGUUGGAUGUUGCCGCGUGAAGCAAACACAGACGGCAAAAGAAAAGAAAGAAAAAAGAAAAAGAAAGCAAACGGACGAAACAAUGUCAAAUAAUGAAGACAAAGUACAUCGUAAUCUGAUUGACGGCACUUCGAAUACGGCAAUACACAAACUUUUUUAGAGGGAGAGAGAGAGAGAGAGAGAGAACAAGGAUGACGCAUGCAAAGGAAGAACCCCCACGACGAAACGAGAUGGCAC